GGGGCCUCGGCGGCCGCUCGCCGUUCCGCUUCUCUCGCCGCCGCUUUCACGGAAGUCGCGCCGCUGCCCUGAGUGCCGGAGCGGGGGGGGAGCGGCACUCCGUGAGGGCGCAGGCUUCGGCGGGGCCUCCGGGCCAGGUUGUAAUCGGGCGCUGCUUCCCAGGCCUGCGAUGGGGGAGAGGCUGCUGCCCACGUUCCUCCCCGUGGACAAGGACCCCGGCCUACUGCGGCUCCGCUUCACCACCCUGGCCGUCGCCACGGUGCUCUGCCCCCUCUUCGGCUUCCUGUUCUGCAUCGUUUGGUCUCUGCUGUUUAACUUCGAGGAGACAACGGCGACCCACUGCAGGGUCCCCAACUACCUGCCAUCGAUCAGCGCCGCCAUCGGCGGGGAGGCGCCCCAGCGCUACGUCUGGAGGUUCUGCAUCGGCCUGCACUCGGCUCCCCGGCUGCUGGUGGCCGUCACCUACUGGAGCCACUACUGCCGGAUCUCCUCACCCGCAACCUGGUACAGCUCGCUCUGCCUCAUCAACCUCGCCUCCAACCUCCUGGAGAACAUGGCACUGCUGCUGCUGACGUACGUCUCGUCCAGCGAGAACCACUGGGUCCACGAGAAAGCCUUUAUCACCUUCAUGGCAUCGUCCAUGCUUCACAUGUUCCUAACCUGCGUCAUCUGGCACUGGAGGCAGAAAAACACAGUAAGUCCCGAGGAGCGGACAUCCUACCGGUGGAAGAUCAGGCUCUUCGUGUUCAAUCUGACCUGCUUCCUCCUGGCGGCCGGCUGCUACCUGCGACACAAUGUUUACUGUGAGCAUGGAGUUUACACUGUCUUCUCCUUCCUGGAGUACCUCGUGGUUCUAUCCAACAUGGCCUUCCACAUGACGGCUUACUGGGACUUUGGCAACAAGGAGCUGCUGAUUGGGACCCUCCCUGCGGAGAAGAGAGUCUGAUCGAGGCCCAGGAGCCCUGCUGGGGGCUGGGAACAUGGGGACAAUUGGAGCCUGUCCAAGGCACGAUGCAGUCGGUGUCUCAAUGUGUCGGGGGGGGGGGGGGGGCUGUUGGUGGUGGGGCGAGAGGGGAGGGGAGGGCGACAGUGUGGUUCUGUCACUCCUGCCUCUCCCACAGUAUCUGAGGGUGAAAGGACACCAGUGUGUGAGCGCAGCCUGUGUACUGCUGGCUGCUCCCCUCCAUCCCCAAACAACCCAAGUGUGGUCGGCUGUCUCAGUCCGCCUGCCAUGUGGCAUCUGCGUUUUGUGUCAACACUACGGUGAAUCAAUGUUUUGUACGUUGUGUCUCUGUCAAUGGCUCCCAGUGACCCAACUGUCAAGGACACUGGGGAAUUUUGUGGUGGAAGUUUUUAGGGUGUUAAACAAACUUCAGUAAUUGGGGAAAUGCUGGAUCUUGUAAUAAAGGAUAUGAUGUCAAGACACUUAGCGAUAAAGGUGUGAUUGAGUGGAAUCGAUGUGGGUUUAUAGCAGGAAAACCGUGUUUGAUUAAUCUAUUAAUGGUUCCAGAGGUUUAGAAAAGGGGAUUUGGAUUUUGAGAAGACUUUUGAUAAGAUGCCACACUGGAGGUUGGUGAACAAGGUUAGAACCCAUGGGGCUGGGUAAUUUACUGCCCUGGGUUCAGAACAGGUCAAUGGACAAGGCACAUAGUGGGAAUAAACUGGUUGACAGUGGGGCUGAGGGAGCCACAGAGCAUAUCCAGGUCCACUGAUGACAUAAAACUAAGUGCUAAUUGGGAUGCACAGAGGCUUCAAAGGAUGGAGCUGUGGGUGGGAGAUGGAUAUAACAUGGAAAGACAGGAGCUCGUUCAAUUUGCGACCAAAAUUUUGCCAGAGGAAGUGGUUGAGGCAGGUACAUUAACAACAUUUAACAGUUACGUGAAUAGGAAAGGCCCAGAGGGAUACGGACCAAACACCGGCAAAUGGGACCGGCUUAGAUGGGCAUCUUGGUCGGCAUGGACUGGUUGGGCCGAAGGGCCUGUUUCUGUGCUGUGUUACUCUAUGACUCUAUUGUGAGACAUCGGAUAGUACUGAUGUUCGAAGGGAUCCAGAUGUCCUUGUGUGCAAGUUUCAGGCACAGCGAGUGAUUAGGAAGCAAGAGGAGUGUUGGUCUUUUAUUUAAGAUGAGUUAUGUGCAAGAGGUGUUUCACUACAAUUACACGGGGCCUUAGUGAGACCACAUCUGAAGUCCUGUGUACAAUUGCUCUCCCAGGGAAGGUAGAAGGAAUGGGGGAGUGCAGGGAACGUUCACCGGACCUGGUUUGAAGAGAUGGCUCGUCCUCUAUUCUUUGGAGUUCAGAAGAACGAGAGCUGACUCCAUCAGAAUUCUUAAAGGGCUGAGUGAGGUCAGUGUGGGGAGAUGGCUCUCUUGACUAGAGAGUCCAGGACCAGGGCUCACAUCUGGAACACCUGCUGAUCAGUGGGGCAGGUUUACGGGGCUGAUUGGCUUCUCCCUAUUUCCUGGGCUCUAUGGAAACAGCUGAGGGGUAAAGUCAGCAGAACAAUGCGAGGACAGAAAGGGUUAAACCGCAAGCACAGGUUGGGGACAUUGGGCGAGUGUUCUCUCAGGUGUAGAAGCUCAUGCUUGAGUACCUAUGGGCAAAGGUAAAUUGUAUUAACGGUCCGGGGGGGGUCUGGAGAUGGGGCUGUCCACAGUGGCUGGGUGUGGUGGGAGUUUUACUAGACAUGAGGUGAAUUAAGUGUGAUGGGCAACUGGGGCCAGGUGGUCUUGUACCUGGAUGUUGGGACUGGGGGAGGACAGGACAACUCCGGAUGGUGGAGACAGCUCCGUCUCCCGUUAAACCCCCAGCAGACCACUGGUGGAGGCAAGUGAAUGUCUCAAAAUGGCUUUAAGGGAACCUGUGCAACAAUCUGCCCCAAAUCCGUCCCAAAUCUCAUCCUCACCAGGAAUCCAUGCUCUCUGGUCCUUAUGUGGCUUUGAAACUGUUCCUCUCUUUAAUAUUAUGGAAAAUCUCUCCUUAACUUCUUGUUGCAGCUCUACAAAACUCUGGUUAGACCACACUUAGAGUACUGUGUCCAGUUCUGGUCGCCUCAUUUUAGGAAGGAUGUGGAAGCGUUGGAAAGUGUACAGAGGAGAUUUACCAGGAUGCUGCCUGGAUUGGAGAGUAUGCAUUUUGAGGAGAGACUAAGGGAGCUGGGGCUUUACUCUUUGGAGAGAAGGAGGAUGAGGGGAGACAUGAUAGAGGUGUACAAGAUAUUAGGAGGAAUAGAUAGAGUGGACAGCCAGCGCCUCUUUCCCAGGGCACCAAUGUUCAAUACAAGAGGGCAUGGCUUUAAAGUAAUGGGUGGUCAGUUCAAGGGAGAUGUCAGAGGGAGGUUUUUUCACCCAGAGAGUGGUUGGGGCACGGAAUGCGCUGCCUGGGGCGGUGGUGGAGGCAGGUACAUCGGUCAAAUUCAAAAGAUUGUUAGAUAAGCAUAUGGAGGAAUUUGAAAUAGAGGGAUAUUUGGGAGGAAGGGGUUAGAUUGUCUUAGGCAAGGUUUAAAGGUUGACACAACAUUGUGGGCCGAAGGGCCUGUAUUGUGCUGGACUUUCUAUGAUUCCAUGAUUAACCUUUCCUAUCGCCCACAGCUUCCAUAAACUUCAGUCAGCUGUGACCCAUGGCUCAGACUCUGGAUCUGGAGAUUAGCGUUGUGGCUCAAUUAUACAGUCAUACCACUCAGAGAUAGGCCCUUCGGCCCACUGUAUUUGUACUGACCAUUGAGUCCAUGCACUAAUCCCAUUCAGCAGCACUUGGUCCGUAGCCUUGUCCAGAUAGGUAAACAUUGUGAGGUUCUGCCCCCCUACGCCCCCUCACACUGCCCCUGGGGUGAGUGCCUCCCUGUGUCCCAACUUCCACAACCCAAGCCGUCACCUUCACUCACUUCCCCCAGACCUGAUGGCACCAGUGACCCCAGCCCCCAACCCCUCCCACCCACCGGAUCCCUGCGGUCGCCCCGAGCCUCUGGUUGGCAAGCGGUAACGGGUGGUGUGCCUCGGGGACAGGCUAGAGGAGAUGGGGAGGAAAGGGAGUGUCCGGUGGAGUGAGGAGGCUGCAGAGGGUUCUGUGGAGUGGACUGUAAGGUGGGACAGUGGGAACGUGUUCCGUUUGGCAGGGUAAUGAAACAAUUCUGAUCUAAAUGGUGCUGGAUUGUGGACUCUGGCAAUUCUGCUGCACGGUUUGCAGGAGGCUAGUCUGCAGGUACAGAGUCAUACAACACAGGAACAGGCCCUUCAGCCCAACUGGUCCAUGCUGACCAAGAUGCCCAUCCAAGCCAGUCCCAUUUGUCAGUGUUUGACCCAUAACCUUCUAAACCUUUCCCAUCCAUAGACCUGUCCAAGUGUCUUUUAAAAGUUGUUAUUGCACCUGCCUCACCCACUUCCUCCGGCAGCUCGUUCCACAUAGAUACCUCCCUUUGUGUAAAAACAAAGUUGCCCCUCAAUUUUCUCUUAAAUCUCUCCGCUCUCACCUUAAACCUAUGCCCUCUAGUUCUUGAUUCCCCAAUUCUGGGGAAAAAGACUGAGUGCAUUCACCCUAUCUAUGCCCCUCAUGAUUUUAUACACCUCCAUAAGGUCACUCCUACACUCUAAGGAGUAGCGUCCUCGCCUGUCCAACCUCUCCCUAUAACUCAGUCCCUCAAGUCCUGGCAACAGCCUUGUAAAUCCUUUCUGCACCCUUUCCAGUUUAAUGACAUCUUUCCUGUAACAGGGCGACCAGAACUGAACACAAUACUCUAAGUGCGGCCUCACCAGCACCCUGUACAACUGCACCGUGACCUCCCAACUUCUGUACUCACUGCCCUGACUGAUGAAGGCCAGCCUGCCAGAUGUGUUCUUCACCACCCUGUCUACCUGCAACUCCACUUUCAGGGAACCGUGUACCUAUAUUCCAAGGUCCUUCUGUUCUACAACACUCCCCAGGGACCUACUGUUCACUGUGAAAGUCCUACCUGGAUUUGACUUUCCGAAAGGAAGUCCUUAAGACCAUAAGAUAUAGGAGCAGAAUUAGGCCAUUCGGCCCAUCGAGUCCGCUCCGCCAUUCAAUCACGGCUGGUUUCCUUUCCAACCCCACUCUCCCGCCUUCUCCCCAUAACCCUUAACCCCCUCACCAAUCAAAAACUUAUCAAUCUCUGCCUUAAAUGUACCCAAUGACUUGGCCUCCACAGCCGUCUGUGGCAACGAAUUCCACAGAUUCACCACCCUCUGGCUAAAGAAGUUCCUCCACAUCUCAGUUCUAAAGGGACAUCCCUUUAUUCUGAGGCUGUGCCCUUGGAUCCCAGACUCUCCCACUGAUGGAAACAGCCUCUCCAUGUCCACUCUAUCCAGGCCUUUCAUUAUCUGGUAGGUUUCAAUGAGAUUCCUUCUCAUCCUUCUGAACCCCAUCGAGUACAGGCCCAGAGACAUCAAACGCUCCUCAUACGUUAACCCUUUCAAUCCUGGGAUCGUUCUUGUGAACCUCCUCUGUCGGCCAAUUUCAAUCUGCACUGUGAACUCAUUUACAAUGUACUGUGUGCAUUCAAGGAUAAAACCCUCAGUCCUUUAUUCACUGUCUCCCUGCUUGAAGUUGACCUCAUGUUGCAUGAAGUUAUAUUCCUAACCUUUUCUAAACUCUGUCCUUUUUAUUCUAGAGACUUCAGUAACCUCUUCUGCGCUCUGCCUGCCUUUAACCUUUUCCACAAUUUUCCAUGCUGUUGAACCCCAGUGUUAAGUUUAAAGCCCUAUCUACAGCCCUAAUUAUGUGAUUUGCCAGGACCCUGGUCCCAGCGUGGUUCAGGUGGAGCCCGUCCCAUCGGAACAGCCCCCUCCUUCCCCAAUACUGGUGCCAACGUCCCACGAAUUCAAACCCACUUCUCCCACACCAAUCUCUGAGCCACGCGUUUACCUCUUUAACCUUCUUGACUCUCUGCCAAUUGGCGUGUGGCUCAGGUAACAAUCCAGAAAUGAUUACCUUUUUGGUUCUGCUUUCUAAUUUAGUCCCUAGCUGUUAGAAGUUGGCGAGUUAACUAACUAAGUCAUUAGAAAAACUAAAGACUUCAUCGAGAGGGGAACUGAGGCACAUCUGACAUUCGGGGUACAGUAUCUGUCUGCCUGUGUGAGGAUGUGAACACUUUUGGAGGGUUACCAGACUGAUACCUGGAAUGGGAAGAGUUGUAGGGCCUCAUACUUUUAUACACUCCAUCAGGUCUCCCCUCGGCCUGCUUCGCUCCAGGGAACCCAGACCCAGCCUCUCCAGUGUCUCCUUAUAGAUGAACCACUCCAUCCAGGCACCAUCCUGGGGUGCCCCCUCCACACCCCCUCCAGUGCAGUCACGUCCUUCCUGCAGUGUGGGACCAGAACUGUACUCAGUGCUCCAGCUGUGGGUUGACCAGUUUCAUAAAGUUGUAACAUAACAUUCCAGCUCUGUACUGUGCUGUGGUUAAUGAAGACAAGCAUCCCAUACCCCACCUUCAUCAUCUUGCCCGUCUGUACUGCCACUUUCAGGGAUCUUUGGACUUGUACCUGAAUGUCCCUCUGUUCACCAGCACUCCCUAGGGCCCGACCAUCUGCUCUGUAUGUCCUACCCUUGUUCAUCUUUCCAACAUACAUCACCUCGCACUUGUCAGGAUUAAACUCCAUCUGCCAACGCUCCCUACAACUUUCCAACUGAUCUACAUCCUCCUGUGGCUUUAGAAAACCUUCCUUGCUGUGCACAACACCACCGGUGCUGGAGGUUGCCUAGUGAGGAAGGGUUUCAGCGUCUGUACCUGCUGCAUGUUGGGAGGGUGGGAGGGUGGGAGGGGACGAUGAAACAGGAGCUCUGGAAGGACCUUAGAAUGGAUAUGGAGAGGUUGUCUCCUCUGGGAGAAUCUAAGUGACCAUCCUUCAGCUCUCCUCCCAGCUCAGGAGCAGAGUCACAGUCAGACACUCACCAUUGCACAGGAUAAAUGCCCCACAGCUCCAGAGACCCGGGUUCAAUCCCGACCUCCAAUCCUGUCUGUGUGGAGUUUGUACGUUCCCCGUGGGUUUCCCCCGGGGGCUCUGGUUUCCUCCUACAUCCCAACAAUGUGUGGGUCGGUGGGUUAAUUGGCCGCUAUAAGUUGUGUAGGUAGAAGGAUACAAAGUCGGUUGAUGGGGUGGGGUGAGAGAGUGAGUUGGAGGGUUACAGGGAAAUGAGAGAGGGGGUGGGUGUGAUGGGGCUGGCAUGGAGCUAAUAAGCUGAGUGGUCACCCAUGGGUUGUGGCGGCGGGCGGCCAAGGGUUCUGGCCGGUCCACCUGCCUGCCCGUCUUCCGGGCUCAUGUCCGCGUGCGGGUGUCCUUGGAGAGGGAGCACGCGGUAAUCAUGGGCACCCUGGGAGAAUUCUGCGAUCGGUGGGCCCCUUGGGAUCGCGUGUGUCGCGGACGGUGAGAAUGCAAUUCUCUGAUGUGUUGUGUGGUGCGUUUAGUGGGCGUUUAGUUAGCGUUGUUUUGCUGUAGUUCUGUAGAUGCUUAGUUUGUUUUCUCUUUCUGUAUUAGUUGUAGUGUAGUGACACUGGGUGUCCUUGUUGUAGUGCUUUUAAUUAAUAAAUGUUUAUAUAA